AUGGCAUCACGUCUGGAUAGUCCCUUCGAUGUUGAACGAUGUGGACCAGCAGUGGAUCUAGCUCUUGCUGAAGUCAAUGAAUUCUUAAUCGUUCAUAAUGUUCAACUUCAAAAAGUUCAAGCUAGUUAUCCGUCAUGUAGCGGUGCUAGAGCACCCGGUUUAGCUGCUGACAUGCAUUUUCGCGAUAAUGUAAUUGCAUUCAUAGGCCCUGCUUGUGCAUUUGCUUUAGAACCUGUUGCGAGACUUGCUGCUUAUUGGAACACUCCGAUUAUUACUGGCAUGGGUGAUCAAGGUAUCUUUAAAGAUAAAAGUAAAUAUCCAACACUCACGAGAAUGUCUUAUUGUCAAUGUCGACUUCGAUUGGUAUUUGCAAGUAUAUUUCGAGAAUUUGGAUGGUCUCAUGUAGCAUUAAUUCUUGAUAAAUCUGAUCUCUUCUCUUUAACUGUGGGAAAAAAUCUGGAAUAUGGAUUACGGAAAGAUGGUCUUUUAAAAUUUAUCCGUGAGCUUGAUGGUAAUUCUGAAGAUGAUGCUUACCAUUUAUAUCUAAGAGAUGCUAGCAUGUAUGCUAGAGUGGUUAUUCUGAGUGUUCGAGGAACUCUGGUUCGAAGAUUUAUGCUUGCUGCUCAUGCUUUGGGUAUGACAAGAGGUGACUGGACUUUUCUUGAUGUAGAAAUUAUUCAGGGCUCUUAUUGGGGCGAUCAUGAUUGGGAAAUUGGUGAUAUUGAAGAUGCAGCAGCUCGAAAAGCAUAUGAAGCUCUUUUAAGAGUUUCUUUGUUACAACCAACCAGUCCACGUUUUCAAGAUUUUGCUGAGGAUGUCAGAAUUCGUGCACAAACUAAUUAUAAUUAUACAUUCUCUGAUGGAGAAGAAGUGAAUUUUUUUAUUGGAGCCUUUUAUGAUGGAGUUUAUCUCUUGGGGAUGGCUUUAAAUGAAACAUUAACCGAAGGUGGAGAUAUACGUGAUGGUUUAGCUAUGACUAAAAGAAUGUGGGGUCGUAAUUUCAUGGGUAUUACCGGUCACGUUAGGAUUGAUGAAGAUGGUGAUCGUGAUGCAGAUUAUAGCAUUCUUGAUCUGGAUCCAAUUACUGGAAGGUUUGAAGUUGUAGCUCACUAUCUAGGACUCCAUAGAAAGUACAGUCAAGUAUCGGGAAAGAAGAUACACUGGCCUGGAGGUAGAGAAGGUCCACCACCUGAUAUUCCUGAAUGUGGAUUUCUUGGUGAUGAUCCAACAUGUGCUUUAAAAACUGAAGCUUACACUUUUAUUCUCUACUCCAGUUGUGCUCUUGGUAUUUUUCUUUUUGUUAUUACAACAUCAGCAUUCCUUCUUUAUAGACACUUUCGUCUUUCUGCUGAUCUUAAUAACAUGAGUUGGAGAAUAAGACCUGAAGAAUUAUUACUAGAAGUUAGCAAAACUUUUUCUUCUAAAAUAAAUCUUCAUCAAGCAGUUGCUGAGGCAAAUAAUUUUGGAUUGGAACAAAAACGACGUGGAUCCCAAUUAAGUGGUGAUUCAUUAGGUCCAACAACUGUUUUUACGAGUGUAGGUAUUUAUAAAGGUGAAAGAGUAGCAAUUAAAAAAGUUACAAAAAAAAAAGUUGUUGAUGUUACGAAAAAAUUACUGUGGGAAAUAAAACAAGUCCGGGAUGUUACAUCGGAAAAUACUGUUAGAUUUAUUGGAGCUUGUCUUUGUUCUCCAUCUCCUACAGUAUUAAUUCUCACAGAAUAUUGUCCAAAGGGAUCUUUGAAAGAUGUUCUGAAUAAUGAAGAAAUAAAACUUGACUGGAAUUUUAGAAUGUCUUUGAUCCACGAUAUAGUCAAAGGUAUGGAUUAUCUUCAUGCAAGUGAAGUAAUUGCUCACGGUAAAUUAAGGUCCUAUAACUGUCUGAUUGAUGGACGCUUUGUUCUGAAAAUCUCUGAUUUUGGUCUAAAAACUCUCACAACUCCAGCAGACUUGAUUAUUGAUGAUAACUAUUACACAAAACUUUUAUGGAUUGCUCCUGAAUUAUUAUCACAAACAGUAUUACCAGGAAGUGCAGCGUCACAAAAAGGAGAUGUUUUCAGCUUUGCGAUUAUUUUAGAGGAAAUUAUAUUACGUGGUGGUCCAUAUGAAGUAGCUAAAGUUUAUAUGACUUCACAAGAAAUAGUUAAUCGUGUCUCAGUAGGAGAAAAUCCUUGCUUUAGACCAGAAGUCCAAUCGAAAGAUUGUCCUCCUGACAUUUUAGCUCUCAUGAAACGAUGUUGGAGUGAAAUACCAGAGGAUAGACCUUCGUUUCAAACAAUUCGAGGGAUUAUACGUGGCAUCAUGAAAGGCUAUUGUGAAAAUUUAAUGGAUGAUCUUCUAAGAAGAAUGGAGCAAUAUGCCAACAAUCUUGAAGCUUUGGUGGAAGAAAAAACUGAACAGUUAAGUUUAGAGAAACGUAGGAGUGAAGAAUUGUUAUACCAAGUUCUUCCAAGACAAGUAGCUGCACAAUUGAUGGCUGGUGAACUAGUCCAGCCAGAACAGUUUGAAUGGGUAACAAUUUAUUUUAGUGAUAUUGUUGGAUUUACAUCUUUAUGUGCUCAGAGUACACCGAUGCAAGUGGUGGAUUUUUUGAAUGAUCUCUACAGUACUUUUGAUCGUAUAAUAGGCUUUUAUGAUGUUUAUAAAGUUGAGACUAUCGGUGAUGCUUACAUGGUAGUCUCAGGAUUACCUCAAAGAAAUGGUGAUGAGCAUGCUAAGGAAAUAGCUUUAAUGGCUUUGACUAUUCUUGAUGCUGUUAAAUCGUUCAAAAUAGCUCAUAAACAAGAUACCCAACUGAGCAUCAGAAUUGGAGCUCACAGUGGGCCUGUAUGUGCUGGAGUUGUAGGACAAAAAAUGCCUCAUUACUGUCUCUUUGGAGAUACCGUAAAUACUGCAUCAAGAAUGGAAUCAACUGGUUUACCUCUAAAAAUACAUGUGUCAGAGACUACAAAAAAUAUUCUAGAUAAAUUUGGUACAUUUGAGUUAGAACUUAGAGGAGAAGUUGAACUUAAAGGUAAAGGAACCGUUACAUCUUAUUGGCUUAUUGGUUGUUCAAGUUCUGAUCCAAGAUUAUCAUCACCAAAACUUCGCAAGUACAGCAUGAGCCCACCAGAUAAUGGAUCCACACUUAAUCCACUAAUAUUCCCUCAAAAUAUUACAAGUGUUGGAAAAGUAGCUAAUAAUACUUUUAUUAAUUUAUCUGAAUUAUCAAAUAAUUCAUUAAUGGAAUAAGUUAUUUAAGUGAAAUUUGAAUUUAUUGAAAUUUAUUUAAUCCAUAAUUACAAUGAUCUUUAUAGAAAACCUUUAAAUAAUCGAAUAAAUGUCUAUGAAUAAAAAAAUGGAUAUUAGU